UGCACACCGCGUUCUUUCAUUUUCUUUUCUGCGCUUGCGUCCACUCUCUCUUACUGCGACGAACUAAGCAUUUGAUAUCAGAAUCAGGUAAUUAGUUUCGAAGAUGCCAACUCUUCAAACUUCACUUCCCCCUGAAAUCGCCAACAAUGCCAUUAGGCUUUACCGUGAAUGCCUGCGAAGAGCUAAAUAUAUCGGUCAUCGGCAAAAUAACACCCCACUUGUUGUUGAUAUGGUGAGACAACAGUUUAAGAAAAACAUGCAAGAGACAGAUCCUGAUAAGAUUCAAAAGCUAAAGGAUGAUGCUGCAAGGGGACUUAUAAAUCACAUACUGUACGAGUCAGAGAAAAUUACCGGCCGUAAAUUUUCCCAGAGUCCUCCCGCGUUUGGCAAGUCUAGCAUAUAGAAAUUACCUUCCAAGGUUUUCAUUAUGGUUGUAUUAAAUUGUUGAAAUAAAAAAAGUUGUGGAAAAUUGCUCAAUUGCUUUCUCUAUCUGCUACUGUUUUUCAUAUCAAGAAUGCUCAAGUUUCUUUCUUAUAACUAUUUUAUAGUUUCUGCCAAAUGAUUAAGUGUCUCAAACUCAAAUUUUGGCACAUAGUUUCUUGCGUGAUUCUCUUGACUUUGUAUCAGUGUAACUGUUGACAAACAAAACUAUGAACUAUGAAGGAAAUAACAGUAAUCAGUCAAUUUGUUGUUUUUAAA